AUCAGUGUGCUGCCAGUCUGUGAGCUGGAGAGACACUCAGACUGCAAAACUUAAAGGGAAACUUUUUUCUCCUUUUUUUUUUUGUUUUUCAUAUCUUAGCAGAAAUUCAGCCCAAUGAAGAUUGCAAUGCUUCCUUUCUAUCUUUUGGCUCUCGCUGCCGCCAUCCAAGCCCACAAGCAGUUGUUGCCGGGAUCUUGCAACUUUGAAGCCAACACCUGCGGUUACAUGUCAGAUGCAGACUUUAGUAGCUGGAUCCUGCACAAAGAUGGCCGUUUCAUCGCCGUGGAUGCUGCUUUGAACGAUGAGCACAACUUAGACAUACGUGCAGAUAGCACAGGAGUCUUGUUGAGUCCAGUUUUGGAGCAGAGCGAAUGGAGCUGCCUGAGGUUGGUCUACCAGAUUAGCGGCGCAGGAAGCCUGCAAGUCUUGCAGCGCACAGAGGGACGGAGCUUUGACAAGCCACUGUGGAACAGCCAAAUGCCGUCAGACAGCUGGGUCAUUGCAAGCAUGGACCUGUCCAACAGCACCGAGACUGCUCGGGUCGUCAUCGAGGGGAUACCUGGGCAGACAGCUGGGAGCAGCGUGGCCAUUUUUGAAAUCCACAUAAGUCCCGGAUACUGCCUGGAUUGUGACUUCGAGGAGUCUCACCUUUGCGGGUACAAUAACCAGUGGAAUGCGAAUGUGAACUGGUUUGUGGGUGCUGGUGUCGGUGGUGGAAGCCAGCUGCUUCAAAACAACCUGCCAGAUGACCACACACACAACAACAAGACAGGUCACUUUAUGUAUGUGGACUCCAUCUACUCCAAAACCUUCAAAGAAGUGGCCAAACUGGUGUCGCCCAUGACAAUGGUGCCCAUGUCUGGCUGCCUGACGUUUCACUAUCAGCGCAGUGACGAAGGAGGGAACCUCUUCUCUGUUUACACCCGCGAUCAACUGGGUCAGUACCAGGAGCUGUGGAGGGCUGAGUCAGAGACCUCAAGUGACUGGAGUGGGACAUAUGGUGAAUGGACACCUGUGCAGGUUGACAUGAAAGCUCCGUACUCUGUACAGGUGGUUUUUGAGGUGGCCUUCAAUAGCCCAAGAGGUGGCCAUGUUGCCGUUGAUGACAUUUCAUUUUCACCCGAAUUCUGCAGCUCAGACACAGAGCCGAUUUUUGACCCCUCCAUUGCCAACUGUGACUUUGAGUCAGAUAUGUGCCAGUACACGCAUGACCAGGGACUAGGAUCUUUGUGGAGGAGAGUAUCUGUAAAACCAAAUAUAUUUAGGAACGGUGACCACACAACCGGAGCAGGGACUUUCUUGUUGGCUCACUCUCAGCUGAGCACACAGUCCAGCUACAUGAGUCGCUUAGUCAGCCCGACACUGGCUGCAAACAUGAAGUACUGCCUACGAUUUUACUUCUCUUUGAGGGGGUUCAACCAGACGGACCAAGCGCUUGCCGUAUAUCUGCAACAGCGCAGCAGCCAGGAGAAGAUCUGGACUCAAGGGGAGAAGUCCAGAGGGAUCUGGAUAGCAGCAGACGUGACCUUCCAGACAUCACAGCCUGCCAAGGUUGUUUUUGUCAGCACCUGCAGGAGUCUGUGGGACUGUGGCUCCGUGGCUCUUGAUGACAUCACCAUGAGUCUAGGAGACUGUGAGUUGGCGACAGGAAUGUCCUCAUCCCUUCCAGGAUGCUGUGACUUUACAGCAGGCCUUUGUGGUUACACGCAAGACAAGCAGAGUGAUGCUGCUGACUGGGAGUGGAGGAGAGGACCCACCCCAACCUCGUACACUGGACCCAGAGGCGAUCACACAAGUGGACUUGGAUACUACCUGUACAUGGAAGCAUCUCCCAUGCUGCCCGGCGAGACAGCUCGCCUGCUGUCCCGCCCGCUGAGGGCCUCGAGGGGACCUCAGUGUCUGUGCUUCUACUACCACAUGUACGGCUCGAGCACAGGCGAACUCAGUGUCCGCCUCCAAAAAGACGGAGGAGAUAUUUUGCUGUGGCAACGAAGCGGCGAGCAGAGCAUUGCCUGGCUGAGGGCCACAGUGGAGUACCAGAGUGACAGGCAACAUCAGAUUGUGUUUGAAGCAACCAGAGGUUCAUCCGUCAGGAGUGAUAUCGCCAUUGAUGAUAUUGUACUGGAGGGUGGGCCUUGUCCAGCAACUGAGACUAAAGCCCCUUUGGCGACAUCCAAUGAGAUUGAGUAGAGGAAAACAGCACCGUCAGGCAGAAUGCAUGUUUUUUUUUGGGGGGGGGGGGGCUCAUUUCCAGAUUUUAGGGGACUCUAAAGGCUUUUUAACUGCCCACUCAAAACACUCUGUCACAUUCAUGUAGGUCUCUUUUCAUAGAGCAUCAUUGUAUUUUACACUCUUAGACUGUAACAACAGAGUGCUGUAUUUUUCUUCACUUAUAUAUGCAUUAGAUUAAUGCCCAUUGUUCAAAUAAAACUAAGGAGUGUAUGAUU